GGGUUAUAGUAACAAUUGCUGCAUUCGUUUUCAUCCUCCUUAUUUUGAUCGUCUUCUUGUCCUACAAGCACCGUCAAACACUGCUGACAUUCUGUUUUUCAAGUUGCCGUAAAAUCAAAACACGUAAGCAAAUCAAACCCAGCUGUUUGUGAAACACUUUAAACCCUUUGACAAUCAUUCUAAUCAAUGCAGGGAGACGCCAAACGAAUGCAAGCCACUGGCACGACGACUAUGAUACUAAAUUCUACAAGUAAUACAUGACACAAUAGAGUCUAUUUUCUGACCACGACUAAUUGUUUGUCUUUCACUUAAGUUUCAACGUAGGAAGAGACGAGAUAACUACGGGUACAUUUCGUAGACGUACAUCUGAGGAGCAUUUGAACGCAGAAACGCCAAUCGACCAAUCACACACAGUCGAGCACACAAGCCAUACUUUACCAGACAUCAUUACAGAGGCUGCGGCUCAAAAACCGAUUGACGCCACAUCCGACAAAAUCGACGCAGACGUAAAACCUACCGAGUCAGUGAAUAAAGAAAUCCACGAAAUGCCCAUUUAUGCUUGCGUUAACAAGAAGAAACCAGUUCGUGCACCUCAAGAAAACAUCAAGCCGACUCCAUCGGUGGCAGUGCCUCACAGUUCAGCCUACGUGCCCAUAUGCAUCCCUCCCUCCCCGAAAGUGAAUAUUCUGCCUACAACCGAAAACGCACCAGAAGACAUUCGUGUCAAAGACACAAACUCCAAUACAAGCCCCAUCGACGGCACUCAAAACAAACCUGAACGUCCAGCUCCUUUUGAUCUCUAUAAGUGUAAAAAAGAGAAAUCUGAGAAAGAUGAUUCCAAAAAGUUGGAAGAGCAAGAUUUAAAAACAAAAGAAGACGCCAAGAAAGACAGCCAUCAAGACACCGCUCAACGCUCUGAUCAAAUUACAGCAAAAGACACCAGUCAAGAACCCAGUCAAGAACCCAGCCAAAUUACUGAAAAAGACACCGACCAAGACUCGGCUGUUUUGUACGCGCAACUGAUUAAACCAAAACCAAAGGAAGAUGAUGCAACGGAAACAGCUGACAGUCGAAGCAAGGUAAAUAGUAUAUUUUUAAUGUGAAAUGUGUUCUCUGAUGUGUCUUGUUGUGGACGACAGCAUGGUAUUCAGUACGUCGACCUCGACCUCUCUGCACUCAACAAAAAGCUGUGACAACGAAUGGUCGAUACGUGACAACGGGUACUUUAUUGCAAAUUUCAAUUGAGUGACGUAUAUGUAAACUACGCCAGAAUAGAUUUAUAGUCGAUUAGUAGAACUGAUUGGUAUAACUAGAGAAUGAUGAAUACAGUAUGAAUUUGAAGAAAGCGAUGACUACGUGUUGGAUAUAAAUUUCUUAACAUGAUGGAGAUCUAAUUCUGGUUAUUAACUCCUGCGUUUUAUGUAAUACGAUAAGUGCUAUUAAUUAAACCAAAGAUUG